GUAUUGGUAGGCACAGCUCAGGUCAUUCUCAAUUUAAUAAGUGAAAAUUACAUGUCACUGACUUCGGUGAGCAUUGCUAUUUUAGACGAAUGCCAUCAUGGCACUGGCAAACACCCAUAUCACGAGUUUAUGAAGCUUGUUCAAAUGCAAAUGAAAAAAGGUAUAAAAAACCUGCCCCGAAUCGUAGGUCUGACCGGCGUCCUGAUUAAAGGCAACGAGAUUAAGGAGGUAGCCAAAAAGUUAAAAGAGCUGGAAACCACAUAUUGUGGCAAUAUUGUCACCGUCUCUGACACCAAGGAAUUGGAGAACGUAAUGCUUCACUCCACCAAACCGCGCGAAUCGCUAAUGACCUAUAAAUCGGAGGUUCAAAUAUUUGACAAAAUUAAAAAAAUCAGGCAACGCAUCAAGAACUACUUACAGACGCUGGAACUCCAAGACAUUGGGGUUCAGCCCGUGCGUAUGUCCAAGGGGAUGCGAAUACAGCGCGAACCGAACAAAAAGAGCGCCAUAAAACUGCUAAUUAAUGACUUUCUAUACCAAUUGGAUAACUACGGCAUCUAUGCGGGAUCCAUUGCAAUCGUAUCCUUGAUAGUCGAGUUUGAGAUAAAACGGCGACAGGCCGAGACGCUCAGUUUGCGUAAUAUGUAUCGCUCAGCCAUCACGCUCUGCGAGACUGUGCGCCACAUGUUGGUUUCGAAACUACGCGACAUGUUGGACGACGAUCAGAUGUCCGACGACAUGAUCAAUACAGAAGAAGUGAUCAUGAACUUCUCCACGCCUAAAGUGCAAUUGUUUUUGCAGUAUCUGAAGCAAACCUUUGGCAACAAGCAACCCAAAGAUAUUUGCUGUCUGGUCUUUGUAGAGCGUCGCUAUACGUGCAAGUGUAUCUAUGGACUACUGCUUAACUAUAUUGCAGCCACGCCCGAGCUACGAAACGUGCUUUUUCCUCAAUUUAUGGUUGGACGCAGUGGUAUUUUUCAUGAUUUCGACAAACUCGAACGUCGCUGGCUAAAAUCGGCAAUUCAAGAGUUUCGGGAUGGCGAGGCAAAUAUGAUGAUAUGCUCCAGCGUUUUGGAGGAAGGCAUAGAUGUACAGGCCUGUAACUAUGUAAUUAUACUGGAUCCGAUAAAGACCUUCAAUAUGUAUGUGCAAACCAAGGGACGUGCGCGCUCAAAGGAAGCAUCAUUCAUAAUCAUCUCGUCGGAUCUGGAAAAGCAAAAGACCUCGACUCAAAUACUGCAGUAUCGAAAGGCACACGCCGACAUCGGUGAAUAUCUGAAAGAUCGCGUGCUAGAGCGUGCAGAUCCCCAACUGGACGAUAUCAACGAGCACUUCCAGGAUGAUAUUCCGCCGUUCAUCAGCGGAAGUGGUGCCGUGUUGCUGGCCAGCAGUGCCCUAGCCCUAGUGCAUCGCUAUUGCCAACAGAUGCCAUCGGAUGCCUUUGGCAUUGUCCUGCCCUGGUUCAAGCUACUCGAGCCAGAGGAACGUAGGGCAUUCACCAAAGAUUGGGCGCAAAAAUAUGUUGUGUCCCUAACCUUGCCACUUAACUCAGCGUUACGCGAAACAAUCUAUAGUGACGCCAUGCCUUGCUCACGCUUGGCUAAAAUUUCGGCGGCAUUCAAGACCUGUGUCAAACUCUACCAGUUGGGUGAACUUAAUGAGCGCUUUUUGCCUACAACGGCAAUCGAACGCGUUGCCGAGAUCGCCAAUAUUCACUUUGAGCAUUGGAAGAAGUACGGCGACAAUGUUACCUUUAAGCAUUCAGAUCGCGAACAUAUCAACAAGAACAUGAAAACUUAUGUCACAAAAUAUCCAGAAGAAUUUAACGAUGCUAUGCCGCGAGUGGGAGUUACAUGCUAUGCAUAUGAGAUUAGUGUCGAGCCACACUACGAUCGCAAUGAUUACACGAGUCAUAUUUACGACUCGCUGCAAACGCGUCGGAACUACGCUCUGCUGCUGACGAAGCGGUUGCCACGCAUGGCCGAGAUGCCACUCUUCAGCCACCAGGGCAAGAUGCAUGCGCAUGUGGCCGAAGAGCCGCGGGAGGUAGUCAUACGGACAGAAGAGCAGUUGGAACAGGUGCAGCAUUUUCAUGUAAUGAUCUUCCGAGAUAUCCUGCGUAUUUGGCAGCCAUUUUUCGUGUUUGAUCGCCAUAGUAAUGAAAACUCUUUCCUCGUGGUGCCACUGUCAGCAACGCCUGACGUUGGCAUCGAUUGGCCACUGGUACAACAAUUCCAACGCUUGCCCAAGGCUCACUCUAGAAGUCUGGCCGAGCGCCAACAAUUACCGCCACCUAAUCCAGAGGACUAUGUGGGCACGAUAGUAACGCAGUGGUAUGCCAAUUACGAUGAGAAACGUAUGUUGGUUACCAAAGUCCACACGGAUCUGACGCCCCUAAGCAUGAUGGAGGAAAAACAUCAGGACAAGAACUACUACGAGUUCACCAUGUCAAAGUACCGCAACUACAUAGGCGAUGUAGUGUACAAGCAGCAGUUCCUAAUCGAGGUACGGGAACUAUCCGAUCAGUUGAAUUUUUAUGUGCAGCAACGCGUUAAAUCCUCGGCACUGAGUAAAGCGCGUGCCAAGGUUAUGCUAAUUCCUGAGCUGUGCUUUAAUUUCGGAUUUCCUGGCGACCUGUGGGUGAAGCUGCUUUUCCUACCUAGUAUAUUGCGACGUCUGCACUUUAUGCUGCAUGCUGAGACGCUGCGUGUUCGAAUUAAUAAAUAUCUUGGUCUGGAUAAAAUGCCCCAGAACGGAGUGGAUUAUAGACCGCGGCCCUUGGAGAUUGACUGGUCGCUCCGUCGAAACGUCGAUCACCAGGGCAAUGCGAUGUAUGCUGAUGAUUACGAAGAGCCGCGUCCACUGCUCGAGCCUCUGCCAACCAAGGGAGUCGAGAUGGCGAUGGAAAAGCUGGAGAUAACCGACCUGGAAGUACCUUGGCAGCAGUAUAUGGAACCUCGCGACAUUGAACGCAACGUCAUGUCCACCUAUCCUGUAGAACUUUCAUAUUUUUACAAUUUCACCAAAGGAAAGAAUGAUAGUCUCGAUAGUAUGGAGUACGAGGACAAAGAGCUCUGGACCCAGUUGCAAUUCAAAAUGCCCAAGGGCAAUAUAUAUAGCAGUCAGACGCGUUCAAAUAAGCUGCCUGCCAUAAUGCCCUCUAGCACGGAUAAUGGAAAACCUGUCGAGCAGGUGGAGUUAUCUGUGUUGCAGCACAGUAUUUCUAAUGACCAUAUAACUCCAGCAGAACAGGGCGAGUUCCUGGCAGCCAUCACAUAUGCGGGUAGUGUCGACGUCUUCGAUAUGGAGCGCUUCGAGCUUCUCGGCGAUUGUUUUCUUAAACUCAGCGCCACCCUAUAUUUGGCUAACAGGUAUCCGGACUGGAAUGAAGGCAUCCUGACACAGGUAAAAUCGACGCUGGUUUCUAAUCGUAAUCUAUUAUACUGUCUCAGCGAAACAGACAUACCCCUUCGCAUCUACAGCACGCUCUUCACACCGAAGUACUCAUGGCUGCCGCCCAGUGUGUCCUUGCCACAGAAUGUGAAGGCUCUUUGGAAGGAGGAUCCGGGUGUGGCAGCGCUGGUCGGUCCGCACAAUUUGCGCAACUUAUCCAUCAGCGAGGAAGAGCUGUUCGGCGAUGGCAAUUGUGGAAAGCAAUCGUUUAUUCAUUUUGUCAAUGGCUGUCAAGCCAACCAGCAAUCUCACCAUGCGGGCUUAGACUAUAGCAGCGAAAUUAACUUCUGCCUGGGCCAGGUGCAGAUGCCUGAUAAACUGAUCGCCGACACCCUGGAGGCGAUAUUGGGCGUGGUUGUGAAGAACUAUGGACUGCAUCACGGCUUCCGCAUGCUGGAAUAUUUUGGCAUCUGCAAACCAGACAUUGGCAAGCCACUCACACAGCUGCUAGAUCUGCGGCUAGGUGGGUCACGGAUGCGCACCAAUAUUUCGCAGCGUGAGGUGGAUGGUUUCUUGAUCAAUCAUCGGCAUUUAGAGCAAAAUUUGGGUUACACUUUCUGCGAUCGGGCUUAUCUCCUGCAAGCCUUAACACAUCCUUCGAAUCCCACAAACCGUUUGACGGGUUGUUACCAGGAGUUGGAAUUUAUAGGCGAUGCUAUAUUGGAUUUCCUAAUCUCAGCUUACAUAUUUGAGCACAAAACUCGUAUGACACCUGGUCAGUUGACAGAUCUGCGCUCGGCUCUGGUUAACAAUACGACUCUGGCUUGCAUUUGUGUGCGCCAUCGAUUCCAUUUCUUCAUUCUAGCAGAGAAUGCACUACUCUCUGAAUCGAUUCAGAGUUUCGUGCAGUUCCAGGAGACGCAGAAUCAUCGCGUUACUAACCAUGUGCGCAUUCUCAUGGAGGAGAAAGAUGUGCAGCCGGAGCCUCUUGACUCAGAUGAAGAAUUAGAAAUGGCCGAGCUGACGGCGAAGCAAGCCAAACCUACAAUCAGCGAAGCCAAAGCCCCGAAAGUAGGCGAGUUUAACAUUUCUCAUAACGUCGAUGUGCCCAAGGCCUUGGGUGAUGUUCUGGAGGCACUUAUAGCCGCCGUUUACCUAGACUGCCGCGACUUAAACACCACCUGGCAAGUGGUCUACAGACUGUUUGAGCCCGAACUACUGGAAUUCUCGCGUAAUGUGCCACUCAAUCCGAUCCGUCAGCUCUUUGAGCACAAGCUGGCAAAGCCCACCUUUAGCUCGCCUGUCAUGGACAAUAACCAAGUGAUGGUCACCUGUCAAUUCAUCUGCAUGGAGAAGACCAUCAAGGUCUAUGGCUUUGGUAAUAACGGAAAGCAGGCCAAGUUGUCAGCUGCAAAACAUGCUCUCCAAAAACUGGCCAAGUGCGAAGCAUAGACCCAUUAGGUUUCUAUUUCCAUUUUUUAUUUUAUUUU